GUUCUGUUAUACGAAGACUAUGUGUUAGAAAAUAAAUCUGAUUGGCUUAAAUCUAUCAUUUGGUUAUAUUUAACCCCUUUCCAUUAGCAUCAUUGGUUAGUAUAUGGUUAAAUACAUGCAGCAGUAUGAAUAUGUAACUAAAAUCAGUGGAAAUCGGCACAAUUCCUUGAUUUUUUUAUAUUUUAUUUUACAGAAAGAAUAAAAUAUUUCCUUUUAAAAGAAUGAUUUGAAAAGACAAGAAUGGCUGGUUUUGGUGAUUUUUCAGGCUACAACAGGCCUUAUGGGUUGGAUCCUAACAGGGAAACCAGUGAUUUGUACGACACUCGUUAUCAGCAGAUAUAUGGGUACCAUACUCCUGUUACCGAAGAGUUUCAGGGCCCGCCGUUGGUAAUGGAUGAUGUUUCUGAAGAAGAUAACAAUGCCUAUAUCACUACAGCUAUAAGUGUUGCUAGUCUUAUCACAGAGAAUCUAUUAAGUCAUCCAUUUAUUGUGUUGAGGAGACAGUGCCAGGUUCACAAUGGUCUGAAGAACUAUCACAUAGUACCUUACACUUUACUGCCAGUAGUAGCUCGGUUACAUCGGAGACAAGAUGUCACAACUCUCUGGAAAGGCAUUGGCUCCACUUGUAUAGUAAAAGGAUUAAACUUGGCUGUGGAGGAUGUGGUCUCUAAGGGCACUGGAUGGCCUAAAGAUCUGGGAAAAUGUGAUUCUAUCUUACAGUUCCUACAACACAUAACAUUAAAAUGUGUAAGUUUAGCAGUCAUUACACCUUUCUACUCCGCAAGCUUGGUUGAAACAGUGCAGAGUGACAUUGCAAGUGACAAACCAGCAAUACUGGAUGUGUUCAGGGAAGGUUUCAUGCGUAUUUUAGAAUGGGGAACUCCCAGUCGAGGUAGAAUGCUGCCAAUAUGGGCUAUUGUGUUCCCAACUGUUUCUCUUGGUAUUACCAAGUAUAUUGCUCACAUAACAUUUAAAAAGAUAACUGAAAAAGUUCUCCGUUUCCAACAAAGACACAGACAUGAACUUAGUGACUCAUAUAAUGUGAACUACAAUAAAUCCUCAAACCCUUUGAUUGAGGAUAUCAGUCUGAAGGCUAACAUCAUAUCUUUCAUUGCAAUGGAAAUUAUAUUCUACCCAGUUGAAACUAUUAUCCACAGACUCCACAUACAGGGCACCAGAACAAUAGUUGAUAACUUGGACACUGGCACAUCAGUUAUACCCAUACUGACAGGUUAUGAAGGCUUCAUGGAUUGCUACAACUCUACCAUAGCCAAGGAAGGAGUCUCAGGCCUGUACAAAGGCUUUGGUGCACUAGUAUUACAGUUGGCUGCACAUUUGGCUAUUAUAAAACUCACAACUUUGGUUGUGUCAGAAGUGUCCAACUUGUUAAAACCAGCAAAAUCUCCAACUUCUGAUGACUCCAUUCCUUCUCAAAAAUAUUUGUUCAACUAGUCGAUGGUAACUAUUUAUUAAAUAAUAUUGUAAGUGUAAUUUAUCAAGCAUUGUUUCUGUGAGGAUUUUUGAAACAGUAAUAAAUAAAAGCAAUAUAUUGGUUUCAUUACACACAGUAUAUUCAUUUUAAUAAUCUUUUUAGUAUGUUAUAUCCCCACAGUAGAACUUAUUUCAGUAUGAUCUACCCUUUAAAGAUAGCAUAGCUAGAGUUGUAGAUGAACUGAUUUGGUAUACAAUAAUUAUUUGAAGAUAAGUCUGCACAACACCUUUAUACUGAUUUUGUUACUUUUUGUAAAGUAGUAAAUAAGUGAAAUGUAUAGCUUGUUAGAAAGAAAGCUCUGUUAUAAAAAUCAGGCCGUUUUAAAUAAAAAUGUGAUUUAAAUUUA